AACAAAAAAAAAUCCUCAACAGAAAUGAAAUUUCAUGUUUCUUUCAUCGACAAAUAGGUACCUAUUUCCUGAAAAGUUGCAUCUCUAACCCAUCUCUUGUGCCGCCCGCAUCAUCCGCCGUUCCUAGCGCCCAAGUCGGCCAGCUGCCCCGAACAUUGCCGUCGGCCAAUCGCUGCCAAUCACGUGAAAGUUUCAGUCCCGUACUUCAAUGUUUUAGCCCCAUAGGAGUACGCGCACGCCCGUACGUGACACAACCUUUAAAGAAUGUUCAGCGGACUGACGUGACACUACCUUUACAGCUGGUUUCUAUGGCAACUGCAUUGACGACCACUGAGAAGACAAAAAACAAAAUAACGCUAGCAGCUAGCGAAAUUCAGAACAGUUUUCCUUGUUCGCAUGACACUCAAGCACCUAAUAAAUUACUUGUUUGAUUGACGACAACUUAACGAAAAAUUAUUUUUGAGACAAAACCUAUUUUCUACGCUCCAAUUUAUUUAUUUUGAGUAUUAACUGGCAAAUUGCUUCCUUUCUGCUGUUUUAUGACAAAACUCAUGAGUUCUUGAAGUACUUGCAUGCUUUUUCAAACCAAUGCGAACCUUGAACCGGCGCAGAAACGGCGUGCGUGUCCCACGGCUACGCGCUACAUGCGUUAGAUGCGUGAUGUGCUGUUAUUUUUGUGCGUUUAACGUUUUGAGUAUAGAGCGCAGUGAGGUUUGCGUUGGUUGAGACUCAAGACUUGGAUUUCAGUCAAGCCCUAGGCCUGACUUUUUGCUGGAUGGACUCCAUCAAAUAAAAGUAGAUUUCGCAUAGUGAUCAAGCUCAGCUGUAUGUAGGCAUUCGUAAAAAUGGUGUUUCCUUCAAGGGAAAAAGUGUUUUGUGGCUACCCAGGGUGUAACUUUAAUGGCCAGCGCCGGUCGCUCAAAUGUCACAACAAACGAGUUCAUGGAGGUCAGCCUGUGAAGAUCAGCAACAGUUCGUUCGGCACUGGCGGACGCUGGUGUAGCUGGAUUCAUGAAAAGGCAAAUCAAAAUGCAGCAUCCACUGAAAGUUGUCCCGAGGCUGCAGUUUGUGAGGGACGUCGUCCUGUGCCCAGCAGCAGUAGCGCCCCAUCAGAAGGGCGCUCUUUUGUUGAAAGCUCCACUGAUACACGCUGCAAUGCUGUGGCAUCCAAGAGUUGCCCUGUGGUCUUCAAGACUCGCCCAGUUCCACUGAGGUCUGAGAGACUUCCCAGCGUCGCAAUCUCCGAGAGGGUGCAACUGGCUGUCAUCCCAAAAAGGGCUGAAUUUACUCCUGGCCCAGCUGGUGAACAGGUGACGACUGGGCGCCAAAAACGACACCUCGAUUCUUCCUCUGCCUCGGAGUGCCCAGCCAAAAAGCGCCUGGUCACUCCGUUCUCUGCUGAGCUGGACAGCGGAGCCGUCCCUGCGGACCAUGCAGCGCCGCGGCUCCCACGGCCGCCUGCCCAGGAGCUGGAGAGCGGAGCCGUUCCUGCGGACCCUGCAGCGCCGCGGCUCCCACGGCCGCCUGCCCAGGAGCUGGAGAGCGGAGCCGUCCCUGCGGACCCUGCAGCGCCGCGGCUCCCACGGCCGCCUGCCCAGGAGCUGGAGAGCGGAGCCGUUCCUGCGGACCCUGCAGCGCCGCGGUUCCCGCGGCCGCCUGCCCAGGAGCUGGAGAGCGGAGCCGUCCCUGCGGACCCUGCAGCGCCGCGGCUCGACUCUUCACUAGACUCGAUGAGUGACCCAGCAGACCUGGCGGCAGCGCCGCGGCUCCCACGGCCGCCUGCCCAGGAGCUGGAGAGUGGAGCUGUCCCUGCGGACCCUGCAGCGCCGCGGCCCCCACGGCCGCCUGCCCAGGAGCUGGAGAGCGGAGCCGUCCCUGCGGACCCUGCAGCGCCGCGGCUCCCACGGCCGCCUGCCCAGGAGCUGGAGAGCGGAGCCGUCCCUGCGGACCCUGCAGCGCCGCGGCUCCCACGGCCGCCUGCCCAGGAGCUGGAGAGCGGAGCCGUCCCUGCGGACCCCGCACCUGGCCAAAGUAACAGGUGCAGUGGUAUGUGUUCGGCAUGUGGUGCAUCCUGCAGUUCCACGGGAUUCUCGCCUGCAGAUCGGCAGCUGUUGACUCGCAUUGAACAGAGGCUGGAACAUCUCACGCAGACAGUUGUGCCUGGUGACCAGCUUCGUUUUGUAGACGAGGCUCGCCGGACUCUCACUCAGCUAUCGAACAGCAGUGGGCAGGCAGGUGACAGUCAUCAGACACCAAUGUCUGAUGACCCGCAAGUGACUGCCACGCUAUUGCGUUCUGGAAGGAGCAUUGCAGCUAUCCAGAGGGCGACCGGCGGAGAUUUGAUAUGGGACCCAUCUGGUAAAUAUCUCCGGUGUAAAGUCUGCGCGCCGAGUGGUGGCAAGAAGUCACACCAUGGCAUCUUCGCCUACGAUGUAGCAUGUGGCACAUCGUUUGAAACGGGACAGAAUCUUCCCCAACGUUUCAGGUCGCUGAAAGUCCGCGUGGGAGAACACUUCCGUUCAGGAGCCCACAGGGAGGCGAAGACAAAGCGCGCUCAAGAAGAGGCGAGGCAGAAGACUCGCGUUGUUGUGGACGCAUCUGCGUCAUCGCAUGUCCUUCGCUCGACAUAUUUUGUGCUAAAAAACUCGCUUGGACAUAACCUGUUUGAAGACCUAAUUGUCCUUCAACACCUGAACGGAACGGAGAUCGGAAACAUCAAUCAUUCCCGAAUGAUGAUGGCGACCGCCCGCUCCGCAUUCAGUGAAGCUGUCAUUGAGAAGGUAAAGGAGCGGAUUGAGGAGCAGCCAUGUGUAUCAGUUCUGGCUGAUAAAGUGACUGUCGCUCGCCGCACGGUCGACAUCACGGCUGUGCUGAUGCUGAUGCCAGAUGCCGAACCGGACGAGAUCUUCCAGAGCUUCGUGGUUGGAGCCCCGAUCGUGAAGCAACACGACGGUGAUGGUCUCGCAGCUGACAUUCGGGACACGCUGAAGAGAGUUGGCGUUGUUGCUUCAGAACAGGUCUCCGCUGUGGCGGCAGAUGGGCAAUACCACCACAACGAUGUGCCGGCCAAACUAGCCCGCAUGCUGGACGGCCACUCCGUCUUCCCAGCUGUGUGGGACCACUCCCAUCUCAUGAACCUGGCGGAGUCUGACGUAAGGAAGGCCGCCGAGAUGGCGUGGGUCCAGGACGUGGUGGACCUGAUGACGGCAGUCAGUAAGCGUUUCUCCAUCGGCAAAGGCUGGGAGGAUCUGGUGGCGUGCGGCGAGAAGCGUGGCCAGAGACCCCUUCGACCCAAGCUGUGGUCGGAGACCCGGUUUGCGGCGCACGCGGCUCAGGUGAUCACCGUGUUUCGCCGCAAUCUGCCGCUUCUGUGCGCCGCGCUCGAGGAGAGGCUGGACGCUGAGGAGGCGCCCAGAGCUGCGCAGCUGAACGAAAUGAAGAAAGAGCUGGCUCAGCUGAAAGAUGCGACGUUCGAGAUCCGACUCCGGGCACUUGAAGACAUAUAUUCGGUGCUGGCAACACACAGCAAGGGCGUCCAGAGCACGCGGGCUCUGCCAUGGGAACGCCAAGCCAGCCAGACAAAGCUGGUUGAUCUGCUGGAGCGCAUGCGGGUUGCUCUCGUGGCCCAGUUCAAGAAGACGCCCACUGUGUCGGAGCUCCUGGACGUCUCAGAGAAGGAGGAGCUGUGGCCCAGUCUGCUGCAGAACAGAACAACACCACCAGCAACUGAGGUUGCCAAGGUGGCUCGCUACUGUUCGAAGCUGACAGAGCGCCUGCAGUUCCGCGGUAGGGGGCAGGACAAGGGUGGAUCUCAAAAAGGUACGUCCAACGGAGCCAUCGCAGACAGCAUGGACGACAUCCGAUGUGUGGCUGACAUCCAGCAGGUGGCUGUGUCCAACACCCCGCCACAAAUUCUGGCUCGUCAGGUUCACGAAGCCAGUAUGAGGCUGGCUGGACGGAAGCUGGUCCCUCUGUCCUCCGUCCCCACGGCACGGCAGAUCGAGGCGGGCAUCGUCCUCCUCCGUGUCCAUAAAGCGCGCACCAGCCCGGAGCUGUGGAAGGCGCUGGUGGACAAACGGGGCGGAGACCCGGAAGCCAGGAAUUACGGGAACCUGGUGACGCGACUCUGGCUCGUAAACCCCCCAGAGAGUGUAGUCGAGUCUAUGGCGAGCGUCAUUGGUGAAGUGUUUGGUGAACACCGCCAGCUCGACCACACCAAUGCGGCUGCUGAACUGAUUGUGCGCUGGAACGGGCCAGCUCUUAGUAACGCUGGCCGCCUCAUCCGCAGCGUCCAGCAGCGUCUGUCGGCCAACAACACGUUCAGAUGCACACGCCGAAACGUGUCCAUAACACAGGCGUUUGAGGGCACAGUUAUCUCACGCCACAAAAGGGCACCUGAUGCGAAGGCAUGUGUAUGGAAAGUUUGAGGACGUGUGUAACGCAAACCCCUGGAAAAGUCAUUUACACGUACAGUCCACAGCAGAAGUAAUGUGGGGUUUCAGUCAUGGGUAUGUUCUGUUUCUGAAGCUUAGGAACGAUUAGCCAGACUACAAUGAAACUUUGAAUGUAGCUUAUAUGUAUCGUCACCCUUGCAGCUGCAACUUUAGCUAUUGACAUCUUCUUUUCGAUCACUCCGCAUUAAACAAUCGCCAGUCAAAGCCAACCCUUGUGAUUGGUAAAACCCUACAUUACUUUAGCGGUGGGCUAUACCUCAUCUGAUAGUGUACUUCUUUGGUAUGUGCGGAUUUCCGGCCACGUGUAGUCAUGCUGGUGGUGCUAGGUGAAAAAUUUCGAUGUUAAGCGGAGAUUUUAGAACGAACUAGAUUAUCGAUCAACUAAUUCCACAACGUAAAAGUUCUAUCUUAUUCUUAAGUUCAGACAGCCCGUCAUGCCUAUUUAGAUAGCUCCGACUGUCGCCUGUCUCGAUGUCGGCGGUGCUUGAUUCGCGCGGAUAAUAUUAUACGAAGGGUACCUCUGCCUGGUUUCAGUGUGUCGCAAAGCGAUCAUGGUGUAGUUGUAUAUUUUGUUAUCGGCGACGGUGUAUUUGAGUGGCAGUGUUUCAUGCCACCAGCCAUUUGUAGCUCCGGCUGUCGCCCAUCUCGAAGUGUUUGCUUUGUUUGAUUCGGGUGGACGAAAGUCUGUAAAGGGUGACAGGACUGCUGUUUUAUUCAAACGCCUAAGGCAUAGAAACAUGACACUACUUGUAUACUAGCUGUUUGCCUUCAGACCCUACAAGGUGUUGGACAUAUCAAGCUGAAAUGUCAUUCUUUGCAAAUGUACGAUUGCACCCUGGUACUAGGGCAGCAUCCAAAGAUUGGCGGUUCUGAAGUUAUUGACCAUUUUAGCUUGUAAUAUUAUGUAUGCAAAUUCAUUAAAAUUAUUUUUAUUUUGGUCAGAAAUGUGAUGAUUUAUAUGAGGCUACGCAACAAGUUCUCAAAAUUGCGACAUUCUCGAUUAAGUAACAAGAUUGACCCACGUGACAGAAAUGGCCUGUCAGCAAAGUACGUGACAGUCUCAGAGGUUUUUGCACCUCUGCUGGUUAUAUAGGUAUGUGGAAAGAUUCGAACCAUCCGUACACACUACGUGUUUGGGAGCUACAUACAGCAUGGCUGUAAGAGUGGUGGUAAAAUUGGUGAAUCAA